AUGACAGAAACUGUCCUGAUCUUUGGUGCCUCUGGCAAUAUCGGAGUGUCUGCAGUGAUUGGUGCCCUUCGAGCCAAGCGCAACGUCAUCGCCCUCGUGCGUAACCAAGAAAGCGGGAGGAAGAUUGUAGAUUAUGUUGGUACGAGCGAUGGCAUCACGAUCGUCGAGGCCGACAUAACUUCUGAAGAUGCGAUUCAGGGAGUAGUUGAUCAGGUUCGCGCAGGCAAGCUGCCCUCCUUUCAGCACGUCUUCGCCUCUCCUGGAGGACUCUACUGGGAGACGCCAACCGUCGAGCUUGAAACAGCAGCGCUUCGUGAAAUCAUGAGAGUCAAUGUAGAAACAUAUCUUUAUGCCUAUCGUGCAACUGUUCCUUAUCUCCUAGAAAAAGGGGUGGCCAACAGUACAUGGACAAUGUGCACCGGUGCGUCAGGUGACAUUGGCUUGCGGGCAGCUCCUGCUAUUACACAGGGUGCUCUUUUUAGCUUUGCCAACGUAGCCGCUCGUGAAAACGAGGGUACCAACGUCCGAUUCAACGAGAUUUAUCUCGCGUAUCGCGUCCAGUACCACGUUGACUUGACGGAUGAAAGUCAGUACUUGGGUUUGAUGCAUCUUCAGAACUCCAGAGACUUUGCUCCUCUGUACGAGCAGCUUCUAGACAGAACGGAUAUCAGAAGCAAGCGAGUCAAUGCCCUUAGUCCGCAGGACGUGAUCAAGCUCAGCUAUGAAACCCGAUUCAAGGAUUUCUAA